CUGACCCCAAGAAUCACGGGCGGGUUUUCACGGGAGUUUUGUUGGUUUCGGUUGCUCCGGUUCUGGUUAAUCCUAGUGUCCAAGAAGCCCUUGUACUCUACCAUACAGCUACUACUGAACAGCCCGAUAAUUCAAUUAGUGUCCAAUUUUCACCGACUGCGGGGGGUUGAGUGUUGACUGGCUGAUCCCGGAGAGUACGAGGUUUUCGCGGCGGAAAAGACUCCGAGAUGGAUGCGGAAAGCUUAAGAUGUUUGCUCAGCGGGGACUACGGACUGGUGGAGGAUACGCUGGACAAGUUCAACAAACAGAACGCGCAGGUGUUUAACUUCACGCACUUCACCAGCACCGGCCAGUGGGUGCUGAUCUGGGAUAAAUUGUUCGCUUAUCUGGCCGAUCCGGAGAUGCCGCAUCGUGUCGGUUGCCUGAUGGCUAUCAAGGUGCUGAGUCGGGACAAAACGUACCUUAACGAGUCAGUGACGGCGGAUCACUUGAACGCGCUGCUACGGCUGGCCGGUAUCGGUCCGCUCGCGGUACCUUGCGAUGCCACGGAAGAGGUACAGGUUGAGGCACUGAAGUGUCUGAGUAACAUGAUAUUCCAGAGCAGCAAGUGCCAGGAGAUGUGUCUCGGCAAUGCGUCUACCGAGGGUAUCAUCCGGCGCGUGAAGAUGUAUAAAGAGGUGGCGUACGGGUAUGACAUCAAGUACUUCGAUAUGAAGCUGCUGUUCCUGCUGACCGCAAUCAAUUGUGAUAUCCGGGCGAUGGUUCGAGAUCAGCUGCACGGACUGGUGUACCUGGUUGAAACGCUCGAUCUCUUUAUGAGCCAAGCGGCCACUUUUAAGGAGUUUAGCGACAAGGAUUUAGAUUUAAUUAACGAAGUGCUGAAAGUACUCUUCAACCUGACCGUCCGCUCAGCCGACAACCUCGUACCCGAGGAGGACGAAGCAAGCCAGUUCCAUCGCCUCGUGACGGUGCUGCAUGAUCUCUUCUUCUAUCGAACGCUAAACCGCGAUCGUAUCGUAUCACUGCACUCGAACAUCGUUAAUCUGCUCACUAGCGUGCCCGUUAGCUGUUACGUCGAGCUGGUAACACCUCUCCAGCAGCAGCAGCAGCAGCAACAUCUGCAGGCCAAGCAAGACGAUGCGCAGGAAAAGCAACAGCAGGUGGACGAAGAGGGCAGCAAUACCAUACACACCAUACCGUUCGAGGGACGUAACGUGUACGUGCUGCAGGUGCUGGUGGAUUUUUUGCGACGCAAUUUCCAGCGAGCGGAAAAGAAAUCGGACCAGUACGAGAUGCUGUCACCGGUACUGACCGUACUGAUUAAGGCGAUACGGGCCGACGCGAUACACCGCCGGUACGUGCGAUCGGUGAUAUUGCCACCGCUACGGGACGUGCACGAUCGGCCCGAGGUGGGCAAAGAGCUGCGGAACUAUCUCUGCUCCCUACUCACCAGUCCCUGCACCCAGAUUGCGGACCUUUCGGCCGAACUGCUGUUCGUUUUGUGUAAGGAGAACGUCGGACGAAUGAUCAAGUACACCGGGUAUGGGAAUGCGGCCGGUCUGUUCGCUAACCGGGGUCUCCUAGGGGGCCGUUCGACCAAGGGCUCCGAGCAGUAUUCUUCCGAUAGCGAGGACAGCGACACGGAGGAGUAUAAACAGCUGCAGCACGCGAUCAAUCCGGUGAUCGGUUGCUACGAGCCACCAAAGCCGAACCCACUGGAGGGCAUGUCCGAGGAACAGAAGGAGUACGAAGCGAUGGAGUUGGUGAAGCUGAUGGAUAAGUUGCAGCGCCAAGGGCUCAUACAACCGUGCAAAAUCGGUGAAGACGGGCGUCCGCAAGCCGUAGAUCACAUCAUGGAGCUGCAAGAGGAAAUACCGGAACAGCAGCGUGAUUACAAGAGGAAGACCUAGAGCGUAGGGACUGGCUUUUGUUCUCCGCUCCCGGAAGUUGGUUUCCAUUCACGUGCCCCGCUUGCUCGACGAUCGCUGACGACGCUUGAUCACGGACGCUUGGCGGUUUCAGAGUGCAGUAUUUAGAAGAAAGCAUUGCUGGCUGCGGUAGCAAUGCUCCGGAUGUUACAUUGCCAAAAAACAAACACACAUUCGCGCCUAUUUUAGAGAGGGAUGGGGAGGGAAUUAAACUAGUGCAGAUAGACCUGCGAGGUAUCUAUCAUCGAUAUUCUCACUUCGAUUUUGUCAGUGCACCGGAGCAUACCGAGGAGGACCGAGAGACGAGAGACCUUUAGAAUUAGUGGCAGCCAAAAAAAAAAAAAGAUACAAAGGGAUGCAAUCAUUAAGGUUAACACAGUGCGAACGGGG